AAACAGGUUUCGAAUCAAGAUCUCCAUUCGAUAUAAAGAAUGCCUCGAAGACAUCGAAAGAAAUAGUCAUCAAGAGAAGUUAGAGCAAAGAGAAAUUAGAAUUACCGGAAAGAAAAAUCGAACGCAAUGCUGAUGGAUUCUUCGUCCAAAAGCUAUCGGGAUUUUGAGCCUCUAAUCGAUUGCCUUCAUUAUCCCGAGUCUCAUCUUCUACUCAUCCACCUCUUAGGUUUUACACGCAACGGUCUGAAAGUUCGGGUGACAUUCCCCGACAAGUUGAGGACCUCCGGCGAACGGAGGCUCACCGAUCAGGUGACAUCCACCAGCAAGUUGAGGAUCUACGGUGAACGGAGGCUCACCAGCGGGAAGUGGCUCCGAUUCCUCAAGGUAAUCAAUAUCCCAGAAGAUGCUGAUACUAACAAGAUCUCUGCCAAGUUGGAGAAAGGCAUCCUCUACGUGACGCAGCCCAGAAAAACCUCCGCCGUCUCUUCCAACAACCCACCGGCUCAGCCACCGAAGCCCACGGCGGAAUCCCAACCGCCGCCCACC